AUGGCCCGGGCCGCAGCCCUCCCGCCGUCGAAAUUGUCGCCACCGCUCCUACUGUUGCUGCUGCUGCUAUUACAUUUCUGGGAAACCGGAGCCCAGGAUGUCCGUGUCCACGUGCUGCCCGAGGUCCGGGGCGUCCUGGGAAACACCGUGGAGCUGCCCUGCCAACUGUUGUCACCAUCCAACAACGUGCGCAUCUCCCAGGUGACGUGGCAGCGACUGGACGCAGCAGGGGGCACCCCGAACGUGGCCGUCUUCCACCCUGCCUACGGCCCCAGCUUCCCCAGCCUGAAGCCAGGCCAGGAGCGACUGUCCUUUGUCUCCAUCGGGAAGGGUUCCGGGGCAAAUCUGCAGGACGCCACGCUGGCCUUUAAGGGACUGAGGGUCGGGGACGAAGGCAACUACACCUGCGACUUUGCCACCUUCCCCAAUGGCACCAUCCGGGGUGUGACCUGGCUCCGGGUGAUCGACCCCCCUGAGGUCUCCAUCUCGGGCUAUGACGACAACUGGUACCUCGGCCGCAGUGAGGUCACCCUGAACUGUGACGUCCGCAGCAACCCCGAACCCACUGGCUAUGACUGGAGCACGACAUCCGGCAUCCUCCCUGACACAGUGGUCACCCGGGGCUCCCAGCUGCUCAUCCACUCGGUGGACAGAGUGUUAAACACCACCUUCAUCUGCACAGUCACCAACGCCGUGGGCACGGGCCGCGCCGAGCAGGUUGUCCUCGUCCGAGAGAGCCCCAACACAGCAGGCGCGGGGGCCACGGGCGGCAUCAUCGGGGGGAUCAUCGCGGCCAUCAUCGCCACAGCCGUGGCCGUCACGGGCAUCCUCAUUUGCCGGCAGCAGCGGAAGGAGCUGACGCUGCAGGGCACAGAAGAGGAGGAUGACCUGGAGGGCCCUCCCUCAUACAAGCCUCCGGCUCCAAAGACGAAGCUGGAAGAGCAGAAGAUGCCUUCUCAGCUCUUCACCCUGGGGCCCUCAGAGCACAGUCCUCUCAAGACCCCCUACUUUGAUGCCAGUGUCUCAUCUGCUGAUCAGGAAAUGCCGCGAUAUCACGAGUUGCCCACCCUGGAAGAGCGUUCUGGGUCCAUGCUCCUGGGGGCCACAAGCCUGGGGGGCCCCGUCCUGGUGCCUCCGGGGUCACCGGCUGUGGAAGCCAUUUCCCUGGACCUAGAUGAUGACGAUGAGGAAGAUGACUACCUGGACAAGAUCAACCCCAUUUAUGACGCCCUGUCCUAUGACACCCCCUCUGGAUCCUAUCAGAGCAAAGGCUUUGUCAUGUCCCGGGCUAUGUAUGUCUGA